ACUUUCUACACAUUCUCUCCCCAACAACUUGUUUUUCAUGCAUCUCGCCAUUACAAUACGACAGAAUGAGUGGUGGUCCGGCAGAGUUCAAACUGAGUGCGACGCUCGAGGGGCAUAAGAGUGAUGUGCGCGCUGUCCUCCUUCCGGACCCUUCAUUUGCAGUCACAGCUUCUCGCGAUGGUACAACCAAAGUGUGGAAACGAACCUCAACGAGCCCUCCUGCUUAUGAUGCGACCGAAUCCUCCCACGGCGCACAAUUCAAAACAUGCUUAGCCUACGUCCCUCCGUCAAAAGAAUUUCAAGAUGGCCUUGUGCUGUCCUCUGGGCAAGACACAAUCAUUGAAGCCAGACAGCCCACAUCGACAGCAGAAGUCAGUGCCGAUGCACUCAUGGUCGGCCAUAGUCACCAAGUGUGUUCGUUAGACGUCUGCGCCGAGGCAAAUUACUUUGUCAGCGGUAGCUGGGACAGCACCGCAAAAGUAUGGGAGAUUGGCAAAUGGGAAGCUGCGGUCGACUUACCAGGCCAUACGGCGACGGUAUGGACGGUAUUGGCGUAUGACCGGGAAACCAUCAUCACGGGUUGUGCAGACCGGGCGAUAAGAAUAUUCGAUGUGCGAGGAAAGAUGCUGGUCUCUUGGGACGGAAAGGACAUUGUUCGAGCUUUGGCGAGGCUUCCCAAAGGUCACUACACUGGCGCAGAGUUCGCCUCCGCUUCGAACGACGGCGUCAUUCGAUUAUGGACCCUAAAGGGCGACUUGAUUGCGGAAUUGUUUGGCCACGAAGCCUUCAUCUAUUCACUGGCGGUCCUACCUUCUGGCGAGAUUGUCAGCUCCGGAGAGGAUCGAUCGGUCCGGAUAUGGCAAGGCACCGAAUGUGUCCAGGUCAUCAGAAUCCCCGCCAUCUCUGUCUGGUCCGUCUCAGUCUGUCCGAAUGGUGACAUUAUAGUCGGCUCGAGUGACAAGCUGGCACGCAUAUUCAGCCGCGAUCCCUCCAGGAUAGCGGAUGCAGAAAGUUUACAAGAGUUUGAGGCAUCCCUCCAGAGCUCGAGCGUACCACAGCAGCAGAUGGGCGAGGUUAACAUGACUGACUUGCCUGGGUCAGACUUUCUGCAGCGAAAGGCAGGGACAAAAGAGGGGCAGAGUCAAAUUAUCAAAGAGGAUGACGGAAGUGCAUCUCUAUAUCAAUGGUCCAUGUCUCAGCAAACAUGGGUCAAGAUCGGCCAGGUGGUCGAUUCCGCGGCCUCAAGCGGAAAGAAGGCCUACAACGGAAAGGAGUACGACUACGUCUUUGAUAUCGACAUUGAAGAUGGCAAACCACCACUGAAACUACCCUACAACGUCACUCAGAACCCCUACGAAGCCGCCACGAAGUUCCUUCAAGACCAUGAACUACCACUAAGCUAUCUGGAGGAGACGGCCAAUUUCAUCAUCAAGAACACCCAGGGGGCUACCCUCGGACAGUCACAACCUGCUGGUGCUGAUCCCUGGGGUACUGAGUCUAGGUAUAGACCUGGAGAAGUUUCAAGCUAUCAGGCGCCUCCGGCUCCCGUCAAACAAACCUUGCCACAGAAAGAUUAUCUGCCGGUUGUUAUUGGAAAGCCUGGAGCAGCAAUGGGACAGAUCGCAAAGAAGAAUGCUGAAUACGGUGGAAGUGACGUUGCGCUCUCGCAGGGAGAUGUGCAGACGUUGACCACGGUCGCGCAACAACUCGACAAGUACAAUUUCCAAAGCAAGCCAUCCUUGUCCGCUCCAGAACUGCCGACAGCUGUGUCCUUGCUCAUGAAGGUCGGGACCCAAUGGCAACCACCUGCAAACCGACUGGCUGGUCUUGAUCUGCUACGAUUCAUCGCCGCGGCCACGAAGGAUUUCCCUGCAGCCGAUGCUGAUGGUCUCGACGCUGUCGCUGCAAUUCUGGCAAGCGGCAUCUUCGAUACUGACUUCCUGCGCACGAACAACAAGCUGGCUAUGAUUGCGCUCCGGUUCUUUUCAAAUUUGCUGUACGGUUCUCCUUCAGGACGGGAACUGGUCAAAGAACAUCUCGACAGCAUCCUUGACACUCUGAAGCCAGUGUCAGCCAUCAUUUCGACAGACGUCUCGGUUGCUGUUGCCCUCACAACUCUCUAUCUGAAUAUUGCCGUUCUCGUUACUAGCGACAAGAGCAUAGAUGGCGAGACCAAGGCCAAUUAUGGAUUGUCCCUUGUAGAAGAGUUGUCAAAGAUCCUCGAUGGGUUUCCCGCAGUCAAUCAUACCGGGUCCGCAAUUCCAGCUGCACAGUCCACCGAACCAGCAUAUCGAACGGUCGUUGCACUGGGAACGGUGGUGGUCGGGCUGGGACGAGAAGACCUGACAUCAGCAGCCAAGGACAUUUUUGACGUUCCCAAGGCCUUGUCGCAACUGAGAAGCAAGAAGUACAUGGAUGAGCCAAGAUUCAAGAAUGUGGCUGGAGAGAUUCAAGCAGUCUUGCGAUGAUUGUCAGUUUUGCACAAUCAUUGCGGAGUAACGAGUGAAAUCACCUCAUGGGCGGCUUUUUGCAACACCAACGGAUCAUCUCAAAAGAAUGCAUAGCAAUGGGGCCAUAGAUGUGAAUGUAAACAUGAUACCAUGACACAUGUGAAUAUGGUCAAGAUGGGAAGUUGCUCAAUCGAUCAAUGAUUGAGUGAUUGGUAGACCCAGCGACAGACAGACAGCUCUGGACUUGCGUGCAAGUAAACAAUGUGACAAUGCUGUACACCUCC